AUGUCUCAACAAUACCCUGAUAUGUAUCAGGACUUUUCCUCCAACCGCUCUCCCGGCACCUCUCGUUACAACGGCUUGAAUACCAAUUUGAAUCGCCAACCCUCGAGACACUUUGACAACUAUGGCUCGCAACAGCUUCAAGGAUUGUACGCGCAGGAAGAUCAUUCAGGAGGACGGUACGAUAGCGCUCCACGAUUUGACAGAGCUCCGCCUGCGACACUUCAACACACCAACAAUUAUGCUUAUGACAACCAGACAUGGAAUUAUGGAGGUGGAAACGUAAACUCUGGUAUGAGCGGUAUCAGCGGCCUGAGCACCAUGGGCGGUACGGGUCGUGUCAAGCCUUCGAGUGCGCGCAGAACCAAUCUUCCUUCCAGCUGGAUGGAUUCUAGCCAAAUGCCACCACCCAUGCCAAACACCGGUCUUCAUCAGAUCAAUAGCCACCAGCUCAACAGUCAAUACAGUCAACCGCAAAUGCAGUCACAUCAUCCUCGAAUUUCUACUCCUCCUGACCACGAUGAGCUCAUUCCAACUGCUAUCGUCAUCAAGAACAUUCCUUUCGCCGUCAAGAAAGAGUCGCUUGUUGCCUUGAUGACAGAGAUGAACCUUCCUUUGCCAUAUGCAUUCAACUACCACUUUGAUAAUGGUGUUUUCAGAGGGCUAGCUUUCGCGAACUUCACAACCCCAGAGGAAACAUCCACUGUCAUAGAUGCUAUGAACCACAUGGAUCUACAGGGACGUAAGCUAAGGGUUGAAUACAAGAAGAUGCUACCAGCACAUGAAAGAGAGCGAAUCGAGCGCGACAAGAGAGAGCGUCGUGGCCAACUAGAGGAGCAACAUCGCCCGAUUGGAAAUGGCUCCGCACCACCUCUUCAUUCUCAGACGUCUAUGAACUCGCUGCACUCGAGCCAUAUUCCUGCCUCGCCAUCCCCAGUCCAACUUCGUGGGAAAGGCGGCGAUUAUCACGCAAGCAGCUCAGGGCCAACAGGCAGCAUCGCUGGGGUUGACAUGAAUGAUCCUUCAACACUGGGCUAUUUCACCGAACUUACUGUCUUCAAGACUGAUUCAAACCGCGAGAUUCUAGUUUUCCCAAGUACCGUUUCCCCCCACGAUAGAAAGAUCAUUCAUACUCUCGCACACAACAUGGGUUUAGAGCAUCGAUCCGAGGGUGCUGGUGAUAGCCGAUGUGUUCAAAUCUUCAAAACCCGUCAAAGCACCAUCAGCCCUGCUGUUCCGUCUAUUCCUCAAACAUUUUACAACAACGAGCGACGUGGGCUCAACCGAGCUGCUACCAUUGACUUUGCUGAGAGACGAGAAAACGAGGCCGGAUACUAUCCCCACACUCUAGGCCGCCAGGGAUCUGGACUUUUGGACAUUCCUGCCUCUCCAGGCUUAGGACUUAGCGCGGCUCACAACCUCCGAGCUGCGAAAUCAUUCGCUGAUUUACGUUCGUAUACACCCUCACCCGCUCAGUCUGUUGCCAGUUAUCCGACCAACCCUUCUCAAAAUAUCGCUCGAUAUACUGACUACGGCCACUCCUCUGCAGCAUCGGGAACACCAAACCUGACACCAACCUCGGCUGGAGGCCAGAUGAAUGAUCGCAACGAAAGCUUCCUCGUUAAUGGGUUGAACAGCAUGACCAUUGGAUUUGAUCGUCCUGCCGUCAGAGCGAAUGGACGGAUUGGCCAGGAGAGGGACAAUCAUCCUUCCAACGCCGGCCCAAUUGGAAGCCACCGCCCGGUUAAUGGGAAUACCUACGAUGACAGUUCGCGAAACGGUACUUCGGCAGUUCCAGAACGACAACCUCGUGGUCCAGUCAGUGAGUGGGGUUCUGGAUUUGCUAGACCUCGUCAAAAUGGACAUCGAAAUCAAGGAAGUGGUGAGCUUGACCUGAACAGUAUCGAAAGAGACUGGGAUGAUAACAGAGUACAAGAUUCCUCCGAUCGAAACGCUAACGGUCGAUACCAUUGA